AUGUCUUCAAACGUAAAAAUUACUCGUCCUCUGAAAGACAAUCCUAUAGUAAUAGAAUCAGACUAUGUUCAACCUCGAAAAAAUAUACCUAUUAACACUAUUCAAUCAGAUGACAUUCUACCACAAGAACGUCAACCUAUAAUAUCACUUAAUUUAGACCAACUUGUACGUCCAAACUAUGAAAGUGAUGAACAACUUUCUCGAAAAUCAACUAAUAGUAAAUCAUAUGGAAAAACAAAAAUUUCAAAUAAUUCUAGAAGAAGCUUAUUAGAUAGUUUAAUUCAAAAUUAUGACUCAGAUGGAAUGAGUGUUGUUCAACAAUUAAAUAUUCUUCAAAAACAUCCAUUUUCUUUUAAAGGACAUUCUCUUUCUUCCAUUAAACAAUGGAAAGAACAAUGUAUACUUUCUUAUUGA